GGGCGGGGCCGUUGACGGUCCCCGGGCUUGGUGGUCCCUCCUGGUUGUUUUAACAGAUGCGCUUCUCCGGUUCGGGGCGAGGAUGGCGGCGUGGGGGCUGCUGCCGAUGGAGGUUAUCACUUACAUCUUGAGCUUCCUGCCCAUCCCUGACAGGAAAGAGGCCUCUCUGGUAAACCAAACCUGGUAUAUGGCAGCCCAAAAUUCCCUGCAUCAGGAGAACCUUGUCUUCAACAUCCCUGCUGCCUCUGCCUCCCUAAAGACGAUCCGGAGCCUGGCCCAAAGGCCUGUGAGUAGUGUUAAGUUGGCCAGCCUGGAUGGCUCCACCAUCUCCCGGGAUGUCAUCAAAUAUGUUGCCCAUUACUUGGGACCCUGUCUGCGCAGUUUGUGCCUCCAUGGGAGCAUCCUGACAGAGGCCAGCUUUGAGGAGCUCCUCCUGGCCUGCCCUUGCCUCAAAGCCUUGGAUCUGAGUGGCUGCAACAGUCUCUUCAUGUCCGGGGCCCUGUUGUCCAAAGAGGACACCCGCCUGCAAGCUGCAAAAUCCCUGGUCAACCUGGAGGAACUGAAUUUGUCUGGGGUGAGAUACUUGUCCGACCUCACCUUCAAUCGCUUGACGAGCUGCUGUCCACACCUGGCUAAAGUGUCCCUCGCUCGCUGUCACAUCACAUUCGAAUUUGAUGCUUACUACAGCUCCAAGAACUACAAUUCUUCCGUCUUGCUGUCUUUCCGCAAUCUUCUGCAGUUCUUUAGAGAGCGAGCCAGCAGCUUGAAAGCUUUGGACCUUAGUGGGACCAACAUCUCUAGCCAUACAAUGAAGGCACUGGUCCAAGUGGAAAACCUGCACCUCAAGGAGAUGGUAUUGCAAAUGUGCCAGGAUCUGACCAACGAGGCAGUGAGUGUCUUGUGCCAACACCAGUGUCACUUGACCACCCUGGACCUAAGGGGCUGUCCAGAGCUGUCUGACCGGUCUGUCCUCACUGUCAGCUCCCAGCUCCUGGACCUCCAGCACCUGUACUUGGGGAAGCUUCCACGAAUCACGGAGGCUGGCUUCCAAGGGGUUUCACGACUGAGGCAUCUCCAAAGUUUGGAUGUGUCUGAAUGCAGCCUUGUGAGUUGUGGUGAGCUGGUGAAAGCUUUCAGUACUGUCAAGGGAUGCCCCAGAUUGGUCUCCCUGAAUGUCGCUUUCUGUUCUUUAUUGCAGGACUGCUCCGUCAUCUGGCUAGCUGCAACCCUAAGCCAGAGCCUUCGUGUUCUCGAUCUCUCCUCCUGCAUUUCCCUGAGCAACAAAAGUGUUCAAGCCAUUGCCGCCCACCUUUUGCAAUUGACAGUCCUGCGUCUGGCCUGGUGCAAGGAGCUGACUGACUGGGGCCUGAUGGGGAUUGAGGAGCCUGAGGAAGAGCGUGAGCGCGCUAAAGAGGAGAAUGCUGGCCCAAAGUUCAGUAGAAAUUUUGGCAACAUGGGAUUCUUCCAACCCCCUCCGCAGGACUUGGAGGAGAAUACCCAGCUUCUCAUUGAUCUCACCAAGCAGGACGCCCAGGAAAAGCGUAAAGCUUCUUUGAAUAACUUGACCCAUCUGCAAGAGCUAGACCUGACUGCCUGUGGGAAGCUGACAGAUGCCAGCAUAGCCCAGAUUAUUAGCUUCCCUGAGCUCCGUCGCCUGUUCCUCAGUCUUGUGCCCAACCUCACAGACACUAGCCUCCUAGCCAUUGCUCACAACUGCCGGAGUUUAGAGCACCUCUCCUUAAGUCACUGCGUGAACCUGACUGACAAAGGAUUUGUGGAGGCAGCCAGCUCCUUGCACAGACUUCAGCAUCUGGUCGUUUCUGGUUGCAACCAACUAACACCCCGGACUCUGAAGGCUGUUGGGCAAGAAUGCCAGCAGCUGAAAAGCUUGGAUGUUUCCAUGUGCAGCAAGAUUAGCAUGAUGGAUGUUGAACAUUUCCAAUCACAGCUCCCACCACAGAGCCAAACGAGCAUCCAGUCACGGUUUGUGGGGGGAGCAGACCUCUCCAUCACUCUUUGAGGGAGGCUUUUGUGAACCCAAUCAUAAAUAUUAUCAAUGUCUGCCCCCACAAACACCAGUGGAAAUGAGGAGGUAGCCUGAAGAAACAGCUGCUGGCUUGGUUGUUUCCUCGUUAAGUGCAACUGUCCCACUGCUCACUGGGCUGAGGGUGUUGAUAAAACAGUUUAAGAAACGGUAGCCUCUUUUAAGCUUGCCUUGCUGGAUCAAACUAUCGAACCAACCCUAUCCUACAAGCUCAGUGAGGAAGGUGACCUUGGGCCAGGCGGACAUUAUGGAGAUACCAUUAAGGCAGGUUCUGACCCUUGAUGGAAUGUUAUCCAGCAGCAAUAAUGCAAGACAAUAGCUGAUACGGAUGGUAGUCGCUGUUAAGACAAAACUGACAGUGCCAGUGAAAAGUACUUACUAUGAUUCUUUUCAGUAGCUGAGAGCUCCCUGUAGUGAGGAAGGAUUAUGAUUCUCAUAUGCUAGCCCACACUCAGGGACUUAAUCCGUAGGGCUCCCUGCAGUACAUCAUUGCCUAUUUUAUUUUGUAAGCUUUCCCCCCGGGUGGCAGCACUGCAUUGUCUUCAGAAGGGUGCUCUGGCCUCCAAUACCAAAACAAUUGUUGGGAUGUUCAGGAAAAUAUCUGUUAUCAGACAAGGCAGAGCUUUCUGCAAUUAAAAUCAGGGCAAGGUAUUGCAAAACCCACAUAACCAGGGCCUGCAGUUUCUAUCAUAUCCUUAAGGUAUCCUGAAGACUUCAUCUUUACCAUACUCUUGUGUACUCAUGUAUUUUACACAUGUACAUAAACAGAACCAUUAUCCUAAUAAAGGAUUUAGUCUUGCUAGCUAAGAAUCCCAAUGAAAAGGUUAUUGUACAGUAUUGUAGAAUAACAAUAUUCAAAAAAUGUAUGAAGGAAAUAAUAGUAUGCUGUCAAGCCAAUUCUGGAUUAUGGUGACCCUUGUCAGAAUUUUUUAGGUAGAAAGUACUCAGAAGUGGUGUACAAUUCCCUUCUCCUGGGACUGUGCAGGCUGCC